GCGCGGCUUUGGCUAUUUUCGUAUUCUCAACAAGUUCACUUAAAGUUUGCCUCGCCUCGAGCUGCUCACAGUCUCAGUUUUGAGUUUAAUGCGAGCACAACAAUAAACUAUGAAGCUCUUUGCUCUGAUUCCGGCGCUGCUCUGCGCCUUGGCCAUUGGAGAAACCAACGCCGCUGCGGGCUCCACACAUUUACUCUGCUACUACGAUGGCGCCAGUUAUGUCCGCGAGGGCUUGUCCAAGCUCACGCUGAAUGAUUUGGAGCCAGCGCUGCAGUUCUGCACUCACUUGAUCUAUGGCUAUGCUGGUAUCAAUCCCACCAGCAACAAGUUGGUCAGCACCAAUGAAAAGCUGGACUUGGAUCUGGGCAGCAGUCUGUACCGCUCGGUGACCAAUCUGAAGAAGAAGUAUCCAGCGCUGAAGGUUCUGCUGAGCGUUGGCGGCGACAAAGACGUAACCGAGGAGGAAACCUCCAAGUAUCUGACCCUGCUGGAGAGCAGCAAUGCGCGCAUUCCGUUCAUCAACAGCGCUCACUCGCUGGUGAAGACCUAUGGCUUUGAUGGCCUGGACUUGGCCUGGCAGUUCCCCAAGAACAAGCCCAAGAAGGUGCACAGCGGCAUUGGCUCGUUCUGGAAGGGUUUCAAGAAGAUCUUCAGCGGCGACUUUGUGGUCGACGAGAAGUCCGAGGAGCACAAGGAGGAGUUCACCGCCCUGGUGCGUGAGCUGAAGAAUGCCUUCCGUCCUGAUGGCUAUCUCUUGGGUCUGAGCGUUCUGCCCAAUGUCAACUCUUCACUGUUCUACGAUGUGCCCGCUCUGAUCAACAAUUUGGACUUUGUCAAUCUGCACGCCUAUGACUUCCAGACCCCUGUGCGCAAUCCAGAGGUUGCCGACUUCCCCGCGCCCAUCUUCGAGCUGAACGAACGCAACCACGAGUCCAAUGUCAACUACCAGGUGCAGUACUGGCUGAACAAUCAUGCGCCCGCCUCCAAGCUCAACGUUGGCAUUCCCACCUAUGGCCGUGCCUGGAAGCUCACCAAGGACUCUGGCCUCACUGGCCUGCCCCCCGUGGCUGAGACCGAUAAUGUUGCACCCGCUGGUCUGCAGACCCAAACUCCUGGCUUCCUCAGCUGGCCCGAGGUCUGCGCCAAGCUGCCCAACCAGGCCAAUCAGCAUCUGAAGGGUGCCGAUGGUCCCCUGCGCAAGGUCGGCGAUCCCACCAAGCGCUUCGGCAGCUACGCUUAUCGCUCUGCCGAUGACAAGAACGAGAACGGCGUCUGGGUUGGCUACGAGGACCCCGACUCGGCUGCCAUCAAGGCUGCCUAUGUGAAGAGCAAGGGACUGGGCGGCGUCGCUCUGAUGGAUCUCAGCUUCGAUGACUUCCGCGGCGGCUGCACCGGCAACGAAAAGUAUCCCAUUCUACGUGCUAUCAAAUACAAGUUGUAGAUUCUGUAAACAACUCUGGUUAACAUUGCUAUGGCGUCUAUGAGUGUAUUUUUAUUAUUUUUGUGCUUUUUUUUUUAAUCCCAACUGUGUAAUCCUCACAUUCGAAAUAUAUAUGACACCAAAAACAUGAAGAAAA